GAAUGAAUGAAUGAAUUACAGAUUUUUUUUAAUGAGUGUGCAAGUGAAAGAGAGUACUGCUCCCGAUUGUAAUUUCGGGAAUUAUACAAUCCCUACAAUACCACUUCUUAAAAAUGAGAACGGCUGAAGAAUUAUGGAGGGAAGCGGGAGACACCAGAUCAACUAUGCCAGAUGUCAUUGAUGUGACAAAUGACUCUCACUGCAGCUUCCUCUAUGUUUUACGCAACCUGUACAAAGACAUUAUUUUGUCAAAUUUGGACUAUGCACUUGACAAGAAAGUUGAGCAAGAUUUGUGGAAUGUGUGUUUUAAAGUUCCCAUCUCGGGGCUGCAACCAAAACAAGGGAAGAAAAGUAGCAAUCCCAUCCUCAAACUGUUUUUGGAAGGAGCAGCUGGAUUCUACAUGUUUCUGCUGCAAGAAAUUUGUGCCCAGUGCGACUCAAGCUCAGCCAUCUGCAAGAGAAAUGCCCAAUUAGGAAUCUUCAAUGGCCCCUCCUAUGCUCUCCAGCCCAAGAAUGAGUCGGUCCUUUACAUCUGCCAGCACUGCUUGAUCCAUUUGGGAGAUUUGGCUAGAUACAGAAAUCUUUUGACUGAAGCCGAAGGAUACUACAAUCAGGCCAUCAAUGUUGAACCUUCAAGUGGACAUCCUUACAACCAAUUGGCACUGCUUGUAUCAGCACGGGGGGAUAUGCUGUCCACGCUGUUUUACUACGUCCGCAGCUUGGCCCUCAAACAUCCGUUUCCACCUGCUAGAAUCAAUCUCGAUAAACUCCUGAAGAAGCAAUCUGUUCAAGUAUCAAAUUACCAGAAAACUCGCGGAGGUCGACUGAGCGCCGAAGAGUUUCUUCUCGCUUUUCUCAAGCUGCAGGGACAAAUUGGACUAGGUGUCGAUCUGGAUCAAGCGGAGCAAACGGUAAAUCUUUUGACAUUGACUUGGCCAUCGCUAGUGGCCACGGAAGCCCUGACUCCAGCACAAUUGAUCCGCAUGCUGACCAUCACUCUCUAUUCGGUGGGCGAGUGUAGUGCAGCCUCUGCCACCGACGCCCAAAAGAGAUCACUUCAGUUGGCUAUCGAUGUCGCUUCAUCUGUUUUCAAUGCUUGCUUAACAGCCUGUUGUUCACUGCCCAACCAACAGCUUCCCAACUCCAGGUACUUGUGUGUGAUCAAACUUGUCCUCGAUUGGUUCCACUCUCAGCCACAAGUGCUCACGAAAAUCAAACGCGGCCAGCUCUGGUCGUCGACAGCGAAAUUACUUAAUCAGCUCCAAAUUUGUUUUGCAUCCAACGGUUCCUUCACCGUAGACGACGAUGGAAGACCUCUUCCGGAAGAUUUAGAAUUGCUCGAGUUCGCUCCACUCCGCCCCUCUUCUAGAUGGCCUUCAACGCAAGUGACUCAAGGAGAUGAGCAUCGAAUAAGAGCGUCGAGAAUCAUCCAACGAGGAAAAUGGUUGACUGAACAACAAUUUGGGUGUUUGGCGUUGACGGUGCAGAGUGGCGAAGAUAAACCCGAAUGGCUUUUCUCCAGCCUGAGACCGGAUGAGUCGCCUGUUGACAAACUGAUUGAAAAUUUAUCGAUCGAACCUGUAAAGGAAAUCAAAAUCUUGGCUCGACCACCGCAGCGCAACGUGGCACUAACGGCCAUUCUGAAGCAAAAAGUCGAAGAUGAUCCAAUUCCGUCGCAGUCACAAGACGAGUCUCACAACAAGCAAGUGACAUUCCAGCACGUGCUGGCUCCUCCUCUCCCACCUGUUAAACAGUCAAUCAGCAACAGCAGUAGCAUCAAUUACCCCAGACCAUCGUUGCCUCCUCGUUUGGAGCGCCUCAAAGCUGAGCAAAAAGAACGAGAGCAAUUAAAUAACAAUUAUGGAGGGAUGUAUUCGAGUUUUGGAGCAGCCAGUGCCUUACCGGAUUUGUCUAUUCCUCCGCCAACAGUUCCACCCCCUGGUUUGGGUUUCCCUCCGCCUCCAGCAGCCUGGGCUAUGGCUGGCAAUCUACCUCCGCCACCGUCCUCUAUAGUGCCACCCUACAGUCUAUUCAAUUCGACCGCACCGUGGCAUCCUGGUCAACUGCCUAGUUUCCCAGUCACUAACUUGGUAAACCCCAACGAGCAGCGCCCCAUGCAGCAGCCAUUAGGCACGACUUCUCUGUGGAGUGGUCCCGGUCCUAGUCCUCUCGAACGAUUGUUGGAGCAGCAGAAAGCAGCAAUGCGUGGCGGUACUUCACCUUCUAAAAAAUAAUGAUACUAAUUUCCUAGGAAAUUAAAUAACUCUUUUGUUUUGGCCAAAUUUUUUUUUUGCUUAUUGACACUGUGAUCACACUUGAUAAAAUAAUAAUAAAAAAUUA